AUGACAUCACUUAUUGAAGGAUAUUUAAAGGACACCGGUGUUGACUAUUUGACCGACAAGUGGAAUGAAGUAGCUCAUGAUAAACUUUUCAAGAUUAAAGAUCCAUUUUAUGAACCAAACAGCAGAAAAAGACUUAAAUUACCACCAAAUGCUACUAAAAAACAACAAAAAUUUUGGAAAAAUUGUCAAAUGAAAGCAUGGCGUGAUGACAAAUGUUUUCUUUCCUGUUGUGGUUGCUUUAGUUUUGGUUCAUGUGGGAUUGGAAUGUGCCCCUUGUUGAUAUUAAUUCCUGGAAUUGGAUCUGCAUUAAUGUAUUAUAUUCACAUGAAAUUAAUCACCAAAGUCCAAAGGGAAAUGCCUGAAUUGUUAACUUCCAAGCAAAUUGCAAAGAUGCACAGUAAUAUUACAUUUGAUUUAUUGCUUUCUUUAGCCCCUGUUAUAGGCUCUUUUUUCACUUGGCUGAAUGGUUGCUCUACAAGAAAUAUUAUCAUAAUUUACCAAACAUUGUGUGCGGAAAUAUGUAGAACAGACUCUACAAUUGGUAAUACGGGCAAAAAUGGACACACAGGUGGUACAAAUGGUACUUAUAAAGGCUCUAACAACGGCACUUCUAUGAACUACAACAACAAUAUUCACAAUAAUAUGAACAAUGUUAAUUCUCCUGACACUCUGUUAAAUAGCAACCAAAGCAUUGAACUAGAAAGUCUUGAAUUAAGUCCUGCUCAGCAACAAAAGAUUAUGAGGGUACCACAAAGAGCAGGAACUAAACCACAGGGAACACCAUCUCCAUUAUCCUAUUAG